AUGUCCGACACCUGCUCAUCCAAGCACCCAGAGGAGCUCUUUACUCCCGGGUGGCAUGACGUGGCCCAGACGCCUGUGGUAGACGGCAAGUACUACGACCGCGGCACGGGCGAGAUACGUACCGCAACAGACCACCAAGAGUACUCCGGGCCGCCGGCAGUGGACAUUAUCAUCUACAGUAUACAUGAAGGCACCACUGAAUGCUGCUACCGCGCGGCUCGGCCAUUUCCUCUUCGCACGCUCCUCUGUCAUAUUGUUCAGGUCAUCCAAGAGCGGAAGCUGGAAAUCGAUUCGCUUUUUGCCGCCCCGUACGCGAUACGAGUCAUUCUCGCACACGAUUUGACUCGGGAAGAGUUCUCUGAAGUAACGAAUGCAAUGGUAAAUGGAAUAUGGGAUCGGAAGUAG